AUGGACAAAAUAAUGACUGCAGUGCUGGAAGAUGUUCCCAGGGCGAUUCAGUUAGCAAAUUUUAUAAGGAAACUCAUCGACUUAACCUCCAGAGUUGACAAAUUGUAUGAAGACUACUUAUUUUAUGUUAAAAAAGCCAAUAACAUCACUUAUUAUACUAUCGAGGAGUUUGGUAGGGUUGUCACGUCUCACAAAUUUGGAGAUAUUCCUGAUCUGCUGGAUCAAACUUACAGUUUAUUUAUUCCUGGGCCGUGA